AUGCGUGAGCUACUGCUCAUUUGUCUUGUUGGUUGGGUUAACUGUCAAUUGUUGGAGAAAUCUAGAUCAGUAUGGGUUGAACAAGGACUCGUUCGCGGAAACAUUUACAACAUCGAUGGGAAACACAUUCAGAUUUUUAGAGGAAUUCCUUAUGCUGAACCACCAAUCGGAGAGUUGAGAAUGAAGCCACCUGUGAAAAAAACUCGCUGGCACCAGGAACUUCCUGCUGUCGAGUAUGGUCCGCCGUGUCUUCAGUUUAUGGAUUUCCAUAAGAAUGACAAAUUUGCAAAAGCGAAUAUGGAACGACAGAAUGAAGAUUGCUUGUACCUGAAUGUUUUCAGUCCUUAUGAUACUGAUGAUGAGUCUAAAACUUACCCGAUUCUUGUCUGGAUUCAUGGAGGUUCAUUCUUGGCUGGAUCAGCAGAUACUGGGAUUGAUAUGGAAGUUAUAGCCAAUAACAUUGUCUCCAAGGGAAUUGCGUUUGUUUCUAUCAAUUAUCGUUUGGGACCUCUUGGAUUUAUGAAUUUCCAAAACGGUGACAAGUUAGAGGGUAAUUUUGGAAUCUGGGAUAUGGUUAUGGCUCUUCAAUGGAUUCAAUCUAACAUGAAACAGUUCAAUGGCGAUCCAACGCGGGUUACUGUAAUGGGAGAAAGUGCCGGUGGAGCUGCAUCAAGUCUUCUUGCUCUAUCUCCAAAAACUACUGGUCUCGUCCAUCAAGCCAUUAUCAUGAGUGGAUCUUCCAUGGCCGGAUGGGCCAUUCAUCGACACAGUCAACCUGCCUACUCUGUGGACAAUUUGGUGGCGUACUUCAGGUCUCUUGACGAGGGGUGUGAGAAAUGGAUAAACGAGGAAGAUACCAAAGAAGUGGUUGGAGAUGAAUAUCAACAUUUGACCCAAUCAGUGAUUCGUUCGUCUUUAUGCAAUUAUCAGAAUGUCAAAAUCAAUUGCCUUUCUGAUGAUAUGUCACAACCGGAUAAGAUGAGCUGCCUUCGCAAGGAACUCAAUUUCUCCUCCCCUUUGUUCCGUAAAGCUCUAUCUGCUGAGCUUGGAGUCUCAAAAAUGGUAGUCGACGGAGAUUUGAUUCCUUCGUCUGGAGUGUCCCUGGUACGCAACAAUGCACGCAUUCCCAUCAUGACGGGUGUUGCACGAAAGGAGUGGGGUCACAAGAAGGCUAUGUUCUAUAACAUGCACCAACGAGACAGCUUGAAGAGAAGUGACGUUGAGGAGCAAGUUUAUAGAAUUAUCGAUAACAGUUUUCAUGAGACUGCGUCGGAAAAAUUGGCCAAUUCGACUAUCCAGUUGAUUGCCAAUGCCACAAUUGUGAGGUACUUGGAAACCCCCAAUUCCGAAUUCAACGCCGACCAAGCCGUGGGAGCUUUGCAAAAACUCGAAUCCGACAUUGAAUUUGUUGCUCCGUGCGAGCGAGAAGUUUCUGCUUACGUCGAACGAGGAGUGCCCGUGUAUCUUUACUCAUUUGACUACAUACCCAAGAGUCCAAUUCUUGAAUCGGAACGCAAAAUUUACUCACUCUUUGGAACGAAACCUGUGGAGACUAGACGUACGGAGAAAUCAGAGUUGUUGGACAAGUCUGCGUUCCAUGGUCUGGACCAUGCUUUCAUCUUUUCCAGAGGGUACAGCAGCAACUUUGAAAUAUCCCCAUACACGAAACGCGAGGAGACCAUGUCUAAGAUUCUUUGCACAAUGCUAACAAACUUUGUUAAAUCCGGAGAUCCGUCUACUUCCAGAUUCUCAUGGCCGGUCUUCUCAGGAAAUAACACCCAACACGUCUCAGUGGACGUUCCACUCAAACUUCUCGAGGGAGAAAUUCACUUCCCGGAUGCACAAUUUUGGAACACGGAGGCGGAGUUGAUAACACGAUACGUGUCAAAGGAUUCCGAAACUGAUUUGGAUCCAGACGCAGAUUUGACAAAUGAAGAAAGAGUGCAGCUAUCGGCUUACCGUCGAUCUUGGUUCGCACUAUGGGUGCUCGUCAUCAUUAUCUCUGUAAUUAUCUGGGGUUUUGUUAUAUAUUGUGUUUGCUAUGCCUCCAGAAGCCCACGCAACCGUCCAUAUGAUAACAUUCUUAUCACUAAACCGCAUUGA